UUAUAAAGAACGCCAUCUAGACAAAUGCUGAUUCUUUCAUUGAUGAUUCAUCAGUUCACUACACGUAUAUAAAAGCAGCAACAAUUGGCGAGACCACUGACCACAGUAGUCAGUAGCAUCUGUAGUCUGAUGCAAUUCAAGUCUUGCAGUCUUAUUUAUAUUUCCGAGCAGUGAAUAAUUAAUAGAACAAAUUAAUUAUUAAUAAAGAGACAUCUUUUUUCAGUGAAUUAGUACUGUAUAAAUCGCAAUUUUUGCGAAUAUUAUAGAGAUUCGCCGAUCUACGCUAAGGUUUCUUGCAGUUAUCGCUUGAUUUUAUAAGUCCACUAAUUGUAUAUAUGCAAUAAUGUUAGCUACAAAUAUUGACCGCUAUCUAAAUGAUGAUACAAUAUUCAAAAAAAUAAAUAAAAAAUUUAUAAGUUUGGAUUUUGAUGAUAUAAAAAAGAACAAUGAGCAAUUGCGUAAGGUUUUGGAUAGUUUAAUAGAAGCUAUGAAACAAGAAAGUCCGCUCUUCAAGAAAACGUAUAGAAGAAUUGUCAGUGCCGGUAGUUAUUAUAAAACUCGAGUUGGAGAGCCAGAGGAAUAUGACUUAAAUUUUGUAAUCAACUUACCCAUGAAAGAGAAAGAUAUGAAAUUUUGCUCAGAUUGCGCAGCUUUCAUUAAGAUACAUAUGACUUGGAGAGAUAAAGAUAUGUCAUUCAAAACUUUAAACUUAGAACCAAAGGCAUUAAAAGAAUUGGAAUCCUUGAUUGAUGCUGAAUCGUAUCUAAAUCAAGAAAAAUUUCGUAUUUGGAUGGAAAGUAUUUUAAGUAAAGUGGCUCAUAACUCUAGUGGAAAUAAUACAAGUAUAUCGAAUGAUUAUUGUAAUUCAAUAAGAAAGAUAAGAAAAGCAGGACCAGCAUUUACGCUAAAUAUUCCUGGAGAGUUGAUCAAUUCGAUCAAUAUCGAUAUUGAUGUGGUUCCCGUAUUAACUUUUUCGACCCUUAAUCCACCACCAAAAUGCUCAAAAAAAUUAGAAGAAUGUUACCCGGGUUCUAGAUAUUGGUCCGUAGUUCCUAAACCUUUGAACAAUAGUAAAAACAAUUUCACUGACAAACGAGAUCGUUAUUGGCGAUUAUGUUUUUAUGAGUUUGAAAAAGAUAUACUUGCUAAGAACGGACGAAUCAAGCCUAUAAUACGCCAUUUAAAGAAACUCAGAAAUACACAAAAAUGGGAAGUUAUCGCGAGUUAUUAUAUCGAAACAUUAUGUAUGAACGAAUUGGAGACUUUUCAGAAUUUGAACAAAGUAUCAAAUACUCGUUUAUUCUUCACGAUGUUACAAAAGCUUCACGAAGCUUUUUGUAAGGGCAGUAUAAAAUACUUUUGGGACGAAGAUCAUAAUUUGUUGGAGCAUAUUGGAUGGCAGGAAAUGAAGAAGAUGGAAAGACAAAUAAAUCAUAUUAUAAAAGAAAUCGAGAAAAAGAUUGCAAAUGAUAAAUAUGCAAUAGCAAAAUUUGUUUUAAAUGAAGAUGAAUUAGAUGCCUUGAUGAAUGAUCUUGACACUUCUGCUCAACCAUCUAAUCAAUCAAGUGAUUUAUCAGAAUCAACACCCGAAUCUACAAACCAAUGGAGCUGCGUGAUUGUCUGACCAUUCGAAGAAGAAGUCAACAAUAUUGGUGACGCAGCGUAUCAUAGCAAGACAGUCAGCCUCGGCCGAAUGCUCGUGAGAGAAAUUUGAACCGAACAUAUAUUCGUAAAUAUCAUUGAGUUUUAAACUGAUUGGUCUUACACGUCCGAAAUCUAAUUUUUUCUUUGGAUUUUUUUUAAAUGGACGUUCUACAAAAACGCCUUUAUUUUGCCUAAUUAUUUGAGACUCUGGUGUUGUCUCAUUAGCUUUUUGUCUAAAAUUCUUCGACGAUUCAACAUCGAUGUCAUUGUUGUACUCUUCAUUUAUAUCGUAGUUUUUAUUGUUUUUAUCUUUGAUACACUCAUCAUAAUGAGCUGUCGUUUGCAAACGAGAUGCCGUUGCAGUAGCAAUUUCAACUUUUUGCUCUGUCGUGAUUAUAUCUAUAUCUAAUAUGGAAAGCGAAUUAUUGUAUUCAUCGGUUAAACAAUCUUGGACUAGCUUUGCUUCCGAGUCUCUUUUGUUGAAGAAAUCUUGAAACAUCUUCCACGUAUCAAUGCAGAGGAUUUUGUCGUUGAGAGGCUUUAAUGAGAAAAAAUUGAUUGUUAUUGAAUAAGUAAAAGAAUAGACAGCUGGUCACCUUAAAAAUCAA